UGCGUGUUUUUGGCUGUGUCAUUGUAGCUUGUUCUGAGUACACACAGCUUCGAUGUUAUUAAUACGUUUUGUCGGGUUUAUCCACUAACGGUCAUUUUUCGUGUGUCGGCUAAACAAUUGUCAAACGGCUAUUUUUCGUUAGCUAGCUGUUAGCUUGGUGGAUGUCUUCUCGACACCAACAAACUCGCAUACAAAAUGACAGCUCGUUUUUCCUUGUUAUUAUCUCUUUAGAAGUGUUGAUGUAGCGACGUUUUGUUGCUGAGUUUAUAAUGUAAUUUUGGCAGCGUUUUAAAGGCAACACAACGCUUCUUCAUUGUGUCUCGGUUUCAGUGCUAGCUAACACGGUGCCCGACGUUUUCUUUGUCAUGGCCCGCCUUUGGCUGGCGUUGAUUGGUUGGUCGGUGUGCCAGUCAUCGCUGCUCGCUCUGUGAUUGGUCAGUGGGUUGACGCCGUCAGUUUAGCGCUCCGCUAGCUUUGCAUUCUUCACCAUGGCCUGCUGUAACAGUGGAUUACUCCUGAACAAUAAUGGUGAUUAAGAAGGGAUAUAUGUUGUUUAUUUGGGUUUUAUUUGUUGUUAUUAUUAAGGCAGUCUAAUUGCAAAGCUGUUAAAACCUCGGAUUUGGAGCGAGGCUUUACGGAUCACCAUAUUCUGGCGUACAUUUUGAGUGGUUUCCGUGGUGAUGGACCCUCCCGGCGGGCGAGACGAGCGUCGCCGUCAGGCCGAACGUCUUCGGCGGGAGGAGGCGUACUACCACUUCAUCAACGAGCUGAGCGAGGAGGAGUAUCGGCUCAUGAGAGACAGCAACCUGCUGGGCACACCGGGUGAAGUCACAGCUGAGGAGCUGAGACAGCGUCUGGAUGGAGCGAAGGAGCGCGUGUCCUCACAGCCUCGCCCUGAAUCACGUCCGCAGAACAGCGAGGCGGGACAGGAAGGCAGCAGUGCUGCGGCUGAGCCGGGCGCUGAGAGCACUAACGGAGACUCUCUGCUGGAGUGGCUGAACACGUUCCGGCGCACAGGCAACGCCACCCGCAGCGGCCAGAGCGGCAACCAGACAUGGCGCGCCGUCAGCCGCACGAAUCCAAACAGUGGCGAGUUUCGCUUCAGCCUGGAAAUCAACAUCAAUCACGAGCAGCCCGAGCCGGGGGAACACAGCGACGCCUCUGACCCCGUCGAACUUCCUGUUCCGCAGAGGGCCUCUGCAUCUAUACGCAAUCCGCCGAGGCCCGCACCCUAUUCCACUCAGCACCCCACCCCUUAUUCUACAACCAGGCCCACUCUAGGGAGGCGGGCUCAGGCACGGCGCACUCGCAGUAGCACUACCCCACCCAUAACCCCGCCUCUGAUCUCGCAGACGCCAUAUACGAGUUUGAGGAGGAACCUUGCUUUGCCUCAGCCAGCACUGCUUCCUCCUCCUCCUCCCCCCACUCUCCCUUCCUCCCAGGCCACACCCACAUCCCUGCCUCAAGAGCAGGAUAGUACUAACAGUGUGCAGAGUCAAAUACAGCCACACCCUCCUUCACUUAGUAACGAGGAGGAGCAGGAAGCUAACGAUGCUCCAGACUGUCCGGAAGCUGUGUCUCAGGCCAGUGCGCAGGGGGUGGCAGCUAGCCGUGAGGCUCGCAGAACUCGUUCACGUGGCCGGGUCCGCCGGAUAGCUCUGUCCCGGUCCUCACGUCGUAGCCGCUCACCUCUGGAUAGAAACUCCGCCCGAAGCUCUAGUCCCACCCCCAGCAACAGUGCUCCCGCGAUAGAGUCCACUGGAAACACGGCGGCUGCUGCUGCUGCUGCUGCUGUGGAGAUGGUGGAACUUCCUGCUGAGCCGACAGCACCGGUGGAAUCUGCCCCCGAAGUGGGCACUGAGGAAGGCGAGACGCCUGCGUCAGGUGCAGCAGGAGGCGUCCGCCGGCAUCCGACUAUCAUGUUGGAUUUGCAGGUGCGCCGAAUCCGGCCGGGUGAGAACCGAGACCGGGAUAGCAUCGCCAGCCGCACACGGUCUCGUGCUCGCGCCGCUGAAAAUACGGUCACCUUCGAGAGCGACAGCGGAGGCUUCAGACGGACCAUCUCGCGCUCGGAACGUGCCGGCAUCCGCACCUACGUAAGCACUAUCCGCAUUCCUCUGCGCCGCAUCUCCGAGACGGGUUUGGGAGAGCCGAGUUCCACAGCGCUGCGCUCCAUCCUGCGGCAGAUCAUGACAGGCUUCGGAGAGCUCAGCUCGUUAAUGGAGACCGAGGCAGACCCGGAAGGCUCCACCCCCGGACAGAAUGCGGGCGUCAACGCGGCAGCUCAGACACAGCGUGCGCAGAGUGGCGAAGCCACAACAGGGAGCGCUGUAACCGAUUCGGGGCGAGAGGGUGGAGCAGUGGGUGAGGCUGGCCAGGCGAGGGUGGGCACCAACGGGCGGGACACGAAUAACCUGGUUGAGAACGGCACCUUACCCAUCCUGCGGCUGGCGCACUUCUUCUUGCUGAACGACGAGGAGGAUGACGAGCAUCCGCGCGGUCUCACCAAAGAGCAGAUCGACAAUCUGGCCACGCGCACCUACGGCCAGGCGAGCCUGGAGGGCGAACAGGGGCGUGCCUGCAGCGUGUGCAUCAACGAGUACGCGCAGGGAAACAAGCUGCGCAGCCUCCCCUGCGCACACGAAUUCCACAUCCACUGCAUCGACCGCUGGCUCUCGGAGAACAACACGUGCCCCAUCUGCAGGCAGCCCAUCCUGUCCAGCCAUCAGGACUGACUCACUUCCUCCAUCGCUCCUGUACAUAGCGCUUCAGCUGUUCCACCCGUUCCUUCAUCAACUCCCCCUGUAUUCAGCUGUAGGUAGAACCAAAAGAAGAAACAACACAGAGAAUUAACAAAGCUUUAUUUUUUUAGACCUGUUUUUUUUUUUUUUUUCUUCUUCUCCUGUCUGCGUAGUCCCCUCCAUUCUGCUUCAGGGUUUUCCGUUAACAAAACACAGCAGAUAUUAACUGUGAUGAAUCAGUGUUAGCAAAAGCUAAUCUUCAGCAUUUCACUUAAUUUCAUGAAAUGGAUUUUAUAGAUUGAUCUGUACAUUGCAGACUCUGAGGAUAUGUAAAUAUAUGAAUGCCUGUGCUUUUUUAUUUUUUUUGCGAGAGUUUGACAUUGAGACACAGUAUAGAACCAUGCGUAAGAUAAGCUCCUCUUGAAAUCUGUUUGAACUUUAGUUUUACGGCACGCUCUCUUAGCAGAAUGUUCCAUUUUUAAAGCUCUUAACACGUUUAGCGCGUUGGCAGUCAGGGUGUGGUGACGGAACCCUACUCUGAUUGCAACAAAUUCAUGGUUUUAAGAUUAUAGUAAUUGAAACGGCAACGAGCCACUUAACACUACAUGCUACAGUGAUAUGGACUGAAUUUUUUUCCACUUCACAUUUCUGAUGCUUCACCAUGCAGAUUAUUUAAUAAUAUUUUGUCUGCCCCAUUGCGUGCAUGCGUCAUUUUAAAUUUGCCGAUUGUUUUUUUUUUAACCUGUGUGUGAAUAUAAUGCCAGAACACAGGUCAUUAUUUUAAUGAGUGAUAGAUAAUCAGUUCGUUAUUCUUCUUAAAGCACUUGCAGGAGGAGUUUUAGGAUAAGAAAUU